AUGAGCCACGAUACACAACUCGAAGAAUAUGUCCGCGCAAGUUUCAGGAAGCAUAUCAAGACGCUUCCAAGUAAGGAAAUAAUGCCGAUCAGUGUUUCUAAAACUUUUGUACACUCCACUGAAAACAAAAAGCCAACGACUAUCAUUUCGCAAGAACCCAACUUUGCAAUGACGACCUUUAGCACUUACCCCAUAGUCGAUGGGAGGAAACAAGGGGAACCGAAUUGUGAUAGACUCAAAUUUGUUCAAUUUGACAAUGCUGUUCUUGGGGUCAUUGCUGAUGGUUGUGGGUGGGGAGAGCACUCGAAGAAAGCCUCUGAAAAUGCAGUGGAUGCAUGUAUUGAAAAAAUUGCACAAAAUGUUCAGACGUGUGUGACAAUAAAAGACGUUGGUUUUUUGUUAGUUGAUGCAGUAAUAUCUGCCCAGGUUGCAAUAUUAUUGAAUAGUGGGACAUGCUUAGUGUGUACAGGCACAACAACACUUUUGUUAUCUCUCACGCUUACAACUGUAUCAAUGAAGCAGUAUACUGUUUUAUUGUCUAUAGGCGACUGUCGAGCUUUUUUAUAUAAUGGAAUUUCUGGGAAUUUUGAAUCCAUUGGGAAAUCUGGACGAAAAGGGAAGAGUACGACGGACUGUGGAAGUGUCCUUGGACCACUCGAUGGGAGAAACCCUUCACUGAAUAACGUUAUUUUGAAAUGUAUACCAAACGAAAAAGGUGAUUAUGUUCUGUUAUUUACAGAUGGGUUUCAUGACAAUUUAGACCCAGACAUCUGUGGCAUCAAACAUGAGAAGGACAAAUUUACAAAAUCCAUUAUUUGCCCAAUUAUGAAAGAAGCAACACAUUUAGAAGAUGCUGUGUUGGGGCUUUCAAACUACAUAGUUCAGUCGACAAGGGAAUUAUCAGACUUUUAUAGGAAAUCUAAAUCUAAAAGUCCCACUACUUUAUUGGGGAAAUUGGACCACUCAACAACAUUGUUUUACUCAACACGAACAAAAGAAGGGUCCGAUUUUUCAAAGGAAAAUUACUUCAUCCCAAAUUAUUAUGAAAAAUUGUAUGAACCAUCGUCAGCAAAUUUAAAACCAUCAAUUUCUGUGAUGAAAGCAAAAUCGAAGGAACAACAAAGAACUAAUUUGGAAGUCAACAGCCAACCAAUAAGUCCAAGCGACGUAUUUGUCGCACAAAAAACUAGUGGGAGACCACUCUCUUCUUCCCCUCUGAAUAAACAAUCAAGAGAAUUGUCACCUUUACUCAUCAAUGAAAAGUCAAAGUUCUUUGGAGCACAUUUUAAACCAAUUCGAGUGAAUCAAACUCGACAUAUGUCAGCAUCAGAAACUUGUUCCCCUUCAGAUCGAGCAACACCAUCUCCUCUUUCAUUUUCUCCAGGUCUUUCAUUUAAAACGGGAUUCAUGAAAUUCUUUGGCGGAAAAGAAGAUGUGUAA